CCUGCUUUCUUGGCCUCCUCUCUCUCUCUCUCUCACUCUCACUCUCACAGACAGCUUUAACUACUCAUUCCUCCUUUUUUAAAUGCCUGUAGGGUCACCUGCAUGGAACCAUGUGCUGAUCUCAGUAAAAGAGAGAAACUUCACACCACCCUCCUUCUUCCCACAUCCCAUGAUCCCACCAACCAUCCACAAUAGUUCCAUAAUUCCCUCUCUCUCUCUCUCUCUCAUUCUUUGUUCCAUUCAUCAAUGGAGAAACCCAUCUUCAAUCAAGAAACCCUCACCCCCUCUCCCUCUCCCUCAUCAACCUUGCAAGUCAUCUCUCCAGGCAGUAGUGGAAGGAGAAGCAGUGCUUCCAACUCAUCCGAAUUCGAGUUCUGGAUGGUUAGGAACCCUUCAUUCCCACAACCCCAACUCCUCUCAGCCGACGAAUUGUUCGUCGACGGCGUCCUCCUCCCUCUCCACCUCCUCCCACACCAUUCUGAUCCACCGGACCCAGAAGAACAACACAAAGCCGAUACAGAAACUCCUAAUCCUGAACCUGAGUCCGAACCCGGACCGGGACCAGAGUCCUCAGCCGUGUUAUUGCCCGAGUUAACGACUGGGUUUUCUACAUCUAAACGAUGGAGGGACAUUUUCAAGAUAGGAGAGAAGAGAACAACAGCCAGAACGUCCUCCCAAGGCGGCGAAGACAGAGACAAGGCGAAGAAGAAAGAGAGGAAGAGCGGUGGUGGUGGUGGCGGCGGCGGCGGCGGCGCUAGCGGGGCGGAGCUUAACAUCAACCUAUGGCCAUUCUCGCGGAGCCGCUCCUCUGGGAAUAGCGUCAACAGGCCGAAGCUGGCCGCUGCGGCGGCGACCCGGAAGGUGAGUAGCGCGCCCUGUUCUCGUAGUAACUCAGCGGGCGAGUCCAAAUCGAGGAGAUGGCCGAAUAGUCCUGGCAGAGUUGGGGUCCAUCUCGGAAGGACUAGCCCCGUUUGGCAGAUCCGCCGUGGAGGUUCCGGCGUCAGGAGCUCCAACUUGACCGAGCCGGUGGGAGGAGUUCGAAAUGUCGAUAAGGAAGGGGCUUCCAGGAGUUCCGAGCCUGUGGUUAAGACUGCCGAUAAGGGUCGGAAGAAGGAAACAAAAGAGACUCGCCGGAACAAGAAUAAUGUCGGUGGUGGCGGUGGCGGUGGUUCUAGGACCAGGGUUUUAAACUUGAAUGUUCCGAUGUGCAUCGGGUAUCGCCAGCAUUUGAGCUGUAGAAGCGACGAGAACGGCACCAUUGGUGAUGGUAGUGGUGGUGGUGGUGGAAGUGACAGUCAGAGCAGCGGCGCCACCGGUAACAGUGGUAGUGGGAGUAGCCUCUUGAACCUGCGCACCAUAUUCUCCAAGAAAGUGUACUAAACAGGUACUGGACUACUGGGGUUAAUAUUAAUUAUGGUUUUGUUUAGAGGGAUUACACUCUUCAACUGUCUUAUUUCUUGUGCAACUAAAUCUGAAUUGCUUCCUUCUGCUUGCUUAGAUAGGAAUUAGGAAGUGAAGCUGCUCUGCCUCUGUAUGUGUUGUGCAUUUAACUAACAUUAAGAAGGUAGUUGAAGAGUUAAUUACUUGUUUA